GUAUCAUAUUACGAGAUUAAUCCAACAUUUGUCUGUUACUCGAGAAAAAUAAUCUUGUAUCUCUUCUGCUAUAAAAGUCCAAACAAACCCUACAGAAAACAUAAACUCUCUUUGAGCUUACUGCAAUUGUGCAAUUGAAGCAGCACAAAGAGAGUGAAGAAUGAGUAAAUUCUGCAUAUCACCAAAGCUAUGUUUGAUGAUUUGCAUUGUGUUAAUGGCACUUUUAGUGCCUAUGAGUGAUGCAAAAAAAUGUCCUUUUGAAGCUAUUUUCAACUUUGGAGACUCAAAUACUGAUACGGGAGGCUUUUGGGCUGCUUUUCCUGCAGAGAGGCUUCCCUAUGGCAUGACCUACUUCAAAAGGCCUUCUGGAAGAGCAACUGAUGGAAGGGUCAUUAUUGAUUUCUUAGCUCAAGGUUUGGGGCAGCCAUUUGUGAGCCCAUAUCUGCAAUCAAUUGGAUCGGAUUACAGACAUGGUGCAAAUUUUGCAACAUUGGCAUCCACAGUGCUCCUGCCAAACACAUCCUUAUUUGUUACUGGGGUUAGCCCAUUUUCACUGGCCAUCCAGCUUAACCAAAUGAAACAAUUCAAAGUCAAAGUUGAUGAGCUUCACUCUUCAGGAACCAACCUUCCUCCACCAAACAUUUUCGGAAAAUCCCUCUACACAUUCUAUAUAGGCCAAAAUGACUUCACUGGAAACUUGGCAUCCAUCGGUAUAAGGGGAGUGAAGCAGUAUCUGCCUCAAGUGAUUUCCCAAAUUGUUAGCACCAUCAAGGAGAUUUAUGCAUUAGGGGGGAGAACAUUUUUGGUUCUGAAUCUUGCACCAAUAGGUUGCUACCCUGCAUUUCUGGUAGAGCUCCCUCAUGGGGCUUCUGAUAUUGACUCAUUUGGGUGCAUGAUUUCUUACAACAAUGCUGUUGUAGAAUACAACAGUAUGCUAGAAAAAGCUAUGAAACAGAUCAGAAAAGAACUCCCAAAAGCUGAAGUUAUCUAUGUUGACAUUCACACUGUGAUGCUGGAACUAUUCCAACACCCCACUUCUCAUGGGAUGAAAUAUGGAACCAAAGCAUGCUGUGGACAAGGAGGUGGUGCCUACAAUUUCAACCCUCAAGUUUUCUGUGGAAACAGCAAAGUGAUCGAUGGACGCACACUCAGUGCCACAGCUUGCAGUGAUCCACACAAUUACGUAAGCUGGGAUGGAAUCCAUGCCACAGAAGCUGCAAACAAGCUUGUGGCAUAUGCCAUUCUCAAUGGCUCUUAUUCUCAUCCUGCUUUUUCACUUUACAAGUACUGUGAUAUUCACUCAUUUACUUGACAUAUUUCUUAUUACUGUCUAAUGUAAUAAACAAUAAUAAAACACAGAUGAAUCCGAACGAGGUUAGUCAAUAAAUGCUCAAGAUCGAGUUUUCUAGUU